GCUGGGCUGUGCAGGCGGCGCCGUCCGAGAUGGCUGAGGUGGAAGAAACACUGAAGCGAAUUCAGAGCCAGAAGGGCGUGCAAGGAAUAAUUGUGGUUAAUUCUGAAGGCAUUCCUAUCAAAAGCACCAUGGACAACUCCACAACGAUUCAGUAUGCGGGCCUAAUGCACAGCUUCAUCAUGAAGGCAAGGAGCACCGUGCGGGACAUCGACCCUCAGAACGACCUCACGUUCCUGCGGAUCCGCUCCAAGAAAAAUGAAAUCAUGGUCGCACCAGAUAAAGACUAUUUCCUGAUUGUCAUCCAGAAUCCAACUGAAUGAUUACACUAACUUGGUCUAUUUUUUCCCUUUACCCAACUUUUUUAAUUUAAUAACAAAGAGUAGAGCACUAGUAUUAUCCCUGUUGUGCCACUUUGAUAACGUCUGAGAGAACAAAAGCAGG